AUGCUGCCUAGCGAUCAAACUUCAUACUUUUACAUCACACGUUCCACUGAUAAUCCCAUCCCAGUAACAAAAACAGAAGAUGAUACGUACGUUGCAAUGGCCAGGAACUGUAAUACCGGAUACCUGAAUGACAAUCCCAUGCUUUAUUUAGAGCACGGCGUCAACGGCUGCAACCGCCGCGACUACAUCGAAAACAACAACUACAACAAUAGCAGCGACAACAACAACGACGACAUUAAAAACAACAGCCUCAACGCCAUCAGUAAGAAGAAUAACUUCUCGUCCCCCAUCUCAACAGUCCUCAUUUCGUUCGAAAUCACGCAACCAACCAAGCCACUUGACUCUUGGUGA